CAUGGUAGCGAGCCGCGCGUGCCCGUGCGGAGUGAGUGUCCUGCUGGGGAGAGGUAGAGUCUCACCGCCUGUCAGUGUGCGGCCCGGUCACUACCGACUGCUCGGAUAACACGGAGUCAUGGGCUGUUUCUUCUCUAAAAAAACCAAACGAAAGGGCAAAGAGCCGACUGCUGGGGAGCAACAACAACCACCACCACCACAACAACAGCAGCAGCAGCAGGAGAAUGGGGAGGGCAGCAAGCAGUAUAGCUGGGACAAGAGGGAGAAGGUAGACCCAAAGGACUACAUGUUUAAUGGAUUAAAAGACCAGACGGUAGGCCGAUUGCCAGAUAAAGUAGCCGGCCAGCAGUUUGUCAUACAAGAGUGCGAGAACUGCAACAUCUAUAUUUUAGACCAUUCUGCUACCAUCACUAUUGAUGACUGUACAAACUGCCGCAUCUUUCUGGGACCUGUAAAGGGAAGUGUAUUCUUCCGUGACUGUAAAGAUUGCAAAUGUAUUGUGGCAUGCCAACAGUUUCGUACUAGGGACUGCCGCAAAAUGGAUGUAUUCUUAUGCUGUGCCACUCAGCCUAUAAUUGAGUCCUCCACUGGAAUUAAGUUUGGAUGCUUCCAAUACUACUAUCCUGAACUAGCGUCCCAGUUUAAGGAUGCGGGGUUAAGUAUCUUUAACAACACAUGGAGCAACAUUCAUGAUUUCACCCCCGUCUCAGGAGAGACAAACUGGAGUCUUCUCCCUAGUGAUUGUGCUGUCCAAAACGUUGUACCUUUACCUGAUGUUGAAGAGCUGAAAGCUGUUCGAAUUUCUACUGAUGCGAGUAGGAGCAUCAUUCCGGUGACCUGGGGACAAAGGCCGAAGAAAAGUGAUGAGUCGUGCUUAGUGGUAUUCUUUGCUGGGGAUUAUUCUAUUGCGAAUGCCAGGAAGAUGAUUGAUGAGAUGCUUGGAAAAGGCUUUUCCCUUAUUCAGACUAAGGAAGUUGCAAUGAAGCCUGAAGAUGCAAAAAGAGUAUUUCAGGACAAAGCAUCAGAAUUUAUACCUUCCCUGGAGAACGGUUCUGUAGUGGCCCUGGAAUUUAAUGGAGAUGGUGCGGUAGAGAACUGUCAGUCAGUCAUUAGCAACACUUUCAGUGGUACAAAGGUGUUUGCAUCGGAAAACAAAUCAUCCUCUUCUCAUGAUGUAGACAACUUUUACAACUUUGCCGAUAUGCAGAUGGGAAUAUAGAAAAAUUCCCCUCAUCAUAAAUGAUCUAUUUACGUAUAACAAAUGUCUGUUUUUAGAACUGUUAACUGUAUUACAGAUAAUUUGGAUACUACAUGAUUUAUGAAAGGCCAAUAAUACAACAUGUAUGAAAGCAUUUGUACUUGCCAGCUAAUGCAGCCAUUUAAUGUUUCUACACAUCUGUUCCUUGCAUUUCUCACCUUGCUUUGCCUGGCAUGAAGUGAUUCUCUUUCUCCUGUAUGUUCGAUGAUUUCUAUACUUUGUAUGAGGCAAAUUGUCAUCCCACACCGGAUGAAAUAUAUUUAAAUACUGUGAGGACAUUCCAUUGUUUUGUGUCCUAGACCUAGAAGAUGCUCAGUUGAAUGCAUAAGAGAUUGUUUUCAAACCUGGGCCAAUUAGGGGUGUGGGGAGAUAUGUCAAAAGUCUCAUAAUAUGUUUCUGGUGUAUUGGGAAAUAUGUGUAGAAAUAAGAAAUUGUAUUUUGUUCUUGUUUUCUUGUAUUGUUUGUUUUUUGUUUUG